AAAUGCAAAGAUGGAAGGAAGGAGAGGAAAGAACAAAAAUCAGGAGUGGUCGUUUCGAAGACGAAACACAUCGACUCAUCUUCCUCACAAGAAAUAAUCAAAAUCAAAAUCAAAAUCAAAAUCAAAAGCUUUCACUUUUCUGUUGAUCUCUUUGUUAUCGUUCCUUUCUCGCAAUCCCGUACCAUUGGGGCUAGAUUCUUUCGUCCUCCCAUUUCAAUUUCUCCUCUGAAUUAUAGUUGAAAUUGACAGGUCUCUCUUACCCUUUUCUUGGUGUUCCUCCGAAGACAUAAAGUUGGAAUCUUUCUCUACAUUUGUGUUGAUUUAUCGAUAGUUCUAUGGUCCGAUUUAGGGUUUGACUUGAUGAAGAAAAGGGGCAUGGGACUAGACUCGAUCGGGUUUCUCCGUUAGUCUUCGCAAACUUGUGGUUUCUGAGAAAGUUUAGUGUGGUCAAUUGAGGUUUUUUUGGGUGCUUCUACUUUGUUUCGUACGGAUCAUGGAUGACAUUGGUGGUGGAGCUCGUGAGAUGGGCUCUGGAGUUGCAUCAACACCGUGGCAGCCAAUUCAGCUAGUUUUCAAGCGUUAUUUCCCACAUAAUGGCUCUGAUAUCAGACCUCAGACAUUGCGUGCUACUGUGAAGAAGAAGGCGGUAGUGGAGAGACUAACUAGGGGCUUGGUUGAGACAUACAAAACAUGCAAUCCACAGUUCAAAUAUAGAGGAGAGUUGAAUCCCAAGCGGUACUUGACUACCCCAUCGGUUGGUGUGCUCAAUGAUGGCUUUGAUAAUGUCAACUCCGACCUAAUUCUGGCUGUAAAUGAUGAUUUCUGCAGUUCAGAUUCACGGCAUAGGUACAUUGUCAAAGACCUUCUUGGCCAUGGGACUUUUGGCCAGGUUGCUAAAUGCUGGGUUCCUGAGACAAACAGCUUUGUUGCUGUGAAAGUAAUAAAAAACAAGCCUGCAUACUAUCAGCAGGCGCUGGUUGAAGUAUCUAUUUUGACAACGCUAAACAAGAAGUAUGAUCCAGAGGAUAAGCACCAUAUUGUUCGCAUAUACGACUACUUCUUACAUCAACGUCAUUUAUGCAUAUGCUUUGAACUUCUCGACAUGAAUCUGUAUGAGCUCAUAAAGAUAAAUCAAUUUAGAGGCCUCUCGUUAAGCAUAGUCCAGCUCUUUUCUAAGCAGAUCUUACUUGGUUUGGCCCUUUUGAAAGAUGCUGGCAUAAUCCAUUGUGAUCUGAAGCCAGAGAAUAUCCUUCUGUGUACCAGUGUGAAGCCAACUGAAAUUAAGAUAAUCGACUUUGGAUCAGCGUGCAUGGAAGUUAAGACUAUUUACUCAUAUAUUCAGAGUCGUUACUACAGAUCGCCGGAAGUUUUACUUGGGUACCGAUACACUACAGCUAUCGACAUGUGGUCUUUUGGCUGCAUUGUGGCCGAGCUGUUUCUUGGAUUGCCACUGUUUCCAGGAGCUUCAGAAUUUGAUAUCUUGAAGCGUAUGAUUGAAAUACUUGGGAAGCAACCACCUGAUUAUGUGCUCAAGGAAGCAGAACAUACGAAUAAAUUCUUUAAAUGUGUUGGGAGUGUCCACAAUUUGGGGAAUGGUGGAACUUAUGGUGGCCUCAAAAGUGCUUAUAUGGCACUGACGGAAGAAGAAUUUGAAGCUAGAGAAAAGAAAAAGCCAGAAAUUGGGAAAGAGUACUUCCGCCAUAAGAACCUUGAAGAAAUUGUUAAAGGCUAUCCUUACAAGAUAAACUUGCCUGAAGACGAUGUAGUCAAAGAAACUCAGAUCCGGUUAGCUCUUAUUGACUUUCUGAGAGGACUUGUUGAAUUUGAUCCAACAAAACGUUGGUCACCUUUUCAGGCUGCUAAGCACCCUUUUAUCACUGGGGAACCUUUUACGUGCCCAUACAACCCUCCUCCAGAAACACCUCAUGUGCAUGUUGCUCAAAAUAUCAAAGUGGACCACCAUCCAGGUGGAGGGCACUGGUUUGCCGCUGGUCUUUCUCCUCAUGUAUCAGGGAUAACCAGAAUGCCCAUGCAAAAUAGUCCCCAUUUUCAGAUGUUUCCUUAUUCACAUGCAAAUAGCUACGGAAGUAUCGGAAGCUAUGGUAGCUACAAUGAUGGCACUAUUCAGGGAAAUAGCUACGGAGAGAACGGCAAUAUGUUUGCCUAUUAUUCUCCUGUGAAUCAUACUGGCCUAUACAUGCAAAACCAAGGUGGUGUCCCAAUGCUUGGAACUAGUCCUGAUGCCAGACGUAGGGUUAUGCAGUACCCACAUGGACAUGGCCUUGGUACAAGUCCAUCCGCUGGAAAUUUUGCUCCUCUACCCCUUGGCACUAGUCCGUCACAGUUUACUCCACCGAAUACAAACAAUCAAUUUUUUGCUGGCUCUCCUGGACACCAUGGUCCGACAUCUCCAGUAAGAAACAGUUGUCACGGGUCUCCCUUAGGAAAAAUGGCUGCAUUCAGUCAGUUCAACCGAAGAAAGGGCGUUGGAUAUUCUGGAGGUUCUCAGUCUCAGGAUUUUUCCUUAUCACAAGCGCAAGGGCAUGCGAUCGAUAAUUUUAAUCAAAGUGAGGGGUACUCUACACAUAACGUUUACAGCUCAUCUCUCCGGUUCAAUACGUAUAACCCUUCCAGUACUGGACCCCAUCUUGAAAAUCCGGAUAAUACCUUAUCAGUGCCUGAUCCAGGAGACUGGGACCCAAAUUACAGUGAUGAAUUGCUUCUACAAGAAGAUAGCGCAGAUGAGAGUGUCAUUGCUAAUGCAUUCAGCAGAAGUAUGCAACUUGGUUCAACAGAUGCCUCCAGUUCCAGAAGGUUCAACAGCAGUGCCUCGGCCUCAUCAUCAAAUCUGGCAACCCAAAGGAGAUAUGUUGUCAAUCAAGCCUUUUCGCAAGUAGAGAAUGGCAGCCCUCCAAGUAAUGAUCCUCGUGCCAGAUUUGGCCAACUUAUGCCAGGAUCACAAUUCACUCCUCAUGUCUCCCAGAAUUCUCCAAGUCGCUUAGGGCAGCAGCCUCAACGGGUCUAUCAUGGGAGACCAAAUGCUGGAAGAGCGAUGGAUCGGAAUCACAUCAAUGCACAGCUUCCUCCGUCCAACAGUAAUUAUGGGGGUCAACGCUCACCCAGAAGUAGCUCAUAUACCAAUGGUGUCCCUUGGGGAGGACGUAGGACUAACAACCAUCAUGUCCCGAAUGUUCCUUCGACGUCUCAUGGAAGGAUGGAUUAUGGAAGUAUUGCCUAAUUUCGCGCUUUCAACUCUCAUUUAUUUUGUUCUUUCUCUUGGUGUGCAAAUCUUCUUGUUGGAAGUUUCGGAACAAAGUUUGUACUGAGACAAAGAAGAAACAAAUACUAGUUCAUGGCUUGUGGGCUUUUGAUAAGAAGAUGCUCAUUCAUUGUGCCUGUUGCACAAAUAAACCUAAAACAAAAAAAAAAAAAUGUUACUGAUAUUGUUGGUUUAUUAAUAGGAAUUUCGUAUUGAUACUGAA